CUCAACACCACAAAACCAUGUCUACCAAAGAUUACCACGAACAACCUGCAUUCAUUCAUGAAAAUUAGAUAUUCUCAACAAAAUUCCAACUAGCAUCAACAUCUUUAAGAAGACACUCUUGUUUGGAAUUUUUAGGCGUAGUGAUAUCCUGAAUUUACCGGAAGUUGUUCAAAGGCUGAUCGCUGAUCUUCACAAAGUGAAACCAAAUGGUAUUUAGUAAAACAGUUGGUAAAGUUUGUUAAACAGAUUGAAUUGUGUACACUGAGGUACCGUAUUUAGGAAGCACUUCGAGUCAACAGACAUCUGGUAAAGUGAAGACAAGACGGAGAAAAACCUUGAUAGUCGAAAGUGACACAGAGAUAGAUGAAGCAGUGGUAAAAACUACCAGUAAAGUUGCUAAAAGAUCAAAACGCAAAUGUUCUGGACCAAAAUUUGUUGGGAGAAAAAUAUUACAUGAAUGGGUGGAAGAAAACAACAAUAGAAAGUGGUAUAAAGGCAGGGUCAUUUCUGUUAUCCAGAAUAAAGAUGGAGACAAAGAUGCUGUCUAUGAAGUUUUAUAUGAAAAAUAUGAGAUUGAUCAUUUGCUAGAGGAUUUUACAAAUUCCUCUUUGAAAUUGAUUGAUUUAUACAUUUUUAGAAGACGAAAGAUAUACAGGGCAUUUUUUCUACAAAAGGACUUACAUAUGACAUAAAAGACAAUGGCAUCAUCAUCAUCGUGUAAAGAUGUCUGUACACUUUGUAAAGACGACGAUGUAUCAAGUCAAGCACUCACAUGGUGCACAGAAUGUGAGGUUUUCCUUUGUAUGGAUUGUGAUAAUCAUCACAAAAAAUCACGAUCAUCUAAAUACCACACAACCAUGCAUACUGAAGAUUACCACAAGCUACCUGCAUUCAUGCAAAAAAUAAGCAGCCAGUGCAAAGAACAUAAUAAAAAGUUUGAACUGUUUUGUACUUUCCAUGCAUGUCCAUGUUGUGUCCAGUGUGUUACAAAACACCACAAAUGUCAAGACAUGAAGCCACUGUCAGACAUCCUUACAAAUGUUAAAGCCUCUGUCUCUGUCCAGCUACUCGAGAAAGAUUUAAAGGUUCUGACGGAAAACCUUGACGAGAGUGUAAAGUAUUUGAAAAGCAGGAUUAAUGAAAAUAACCUUCAGAAAACAAAAGCCAUUGAAAAAAUUCGUACUAUGAGGAAGUCCAUAGAUGAUUUCUUAAACAGGUUAGAACAACAAACUUUUGAUGACUUAGAAUCUAACCACUCUAAGCUUGAAUCAAAUAUUAACACUCUUCUGAAACAAAUUGAAGAUCGAUCAGUUAAAAUACACAAACUUCAAGACGAAUAUUUCAAGAUGACACAAUAUGCCACCGAGUUACAAAUGUACUUUGGUUUGACUGAAAUGGAGAAGAUAACAUCUAUAGCAACAACAUACAUAGAAAAUGUAGAGAGUGGGGACUACUUGAAGGAAAAUAACUUAGAAAUUAAAAUUUCAUCUGCGCUUCAAUCAAUUUUACAAGAUGUCAAAUCAUUUGGAGAUAUAAAUAUCACGUCUAGCCCUUCUACUGUUCAAAUUAAAGCAGGAAGAAAAGAUCAAGCACAACAAUUAGUACAUACUGUUCCUGAGGUUAAUCAAAUUAAGCCAUCAUUACUGAAAACAGUGACAAUGCCCGGAAAAAUUGGCUCCGUAACUAUAUAUGCUUGUAGAAUUUUACACGAUGGUAGUUUUCUAAUCAUUGAUCACAAAAAAGAUCGACUUUUACUUUUCAAUAAUGAGGGCAUCUUAAUGAGAACUGUGGUGACAUUCGAAGUCAAUCCAUAUGAUCUUUGCAUUGUUAGAAAUAAUACAGUAGCAAUCUCACUCGGAACAUUAAAGCAGGCAGUUCUGGUUGAUAUAGAAAAUAACAAAAUAAUUAAAAGAAUUGAACUUUCUCAUAACUGCGGAGGAGUUACAAGUGACGGUCAAAUUUUAUUUGUCAUCUCUGCUCUUGAUGACAAGUGUACUAUAGUUAAUCUGACAGAUAUGUCUCAUAAAAUCAUAGGAGUUGGAGGAAGCUUUAUUUCGUUAUUUAAAGAAAAAAUUUACUGCACUAACUCGAGAGAAGACAAAGUAAGUUGCUUCAAAACGACUGGGGAACCACUAUGGACAUUUAUGCACAAGGAUAUUAAAUAUCCAAAUGGAAUUGCAUUAGACAUCUAUGGCUUUGUUUAUGUGGCUUCUUUUAGAUCCAAUAAAAUCGUGGCUGUGUCACCAGAUGGGAAAACAAGUAAGACAAUACUAUCAGAAGCUGAUGGAAUUGUUGGUCCUAUUGGAAUAGACAUAAAAAGAGACACAGGAAUGAUAAUAGUUUCAAGCAGAAUAAGUUCUAAAAGACAAAACAUUUUUGUUUUCAAAAUUUGAAAAUAUGUUAACUGUAGAUUUGAUAACAAAGGUGUUAAGAAUUAUCUCUGACAAGGGCAAGUUUACUUCUAAAAUUUGAUAAAUUUUCUCUUUUUCAAAAUAAAUUUUUUAAAGUUA